AUGAAGUCGCGAGUCCCUCUGACCCCGGGCCCAGCCAUCUUCCGUUUUCCAACCGCAACCACUCGACUUCCUCCAGGAUCCCCCUCCAAGCUGUCUCCCUCAAGCCCAGCCUACUCUGCCUUCCUCCGACCCGGCUCAGUCUUCAUUGGCUCCCACCCAGGAACAGAUGAUCCCCUCGGAACCAGCCAGCCUGUCCGUCUAGCCAGCGCAUCCCACUUCGAACGCGACCUCCGCCUCCACCACCGCAUCCAUCCCGACCAUCAUCUCCCCACCCCGCAAUGUCUCGACCACCACGAAACCCUCACAAACCCUCCCGAAUGGACUGUCCGGGGCGAGAUCAUCGACCUGAAGAAGUCCCCCAAGCAGCUCUGGACUAACGAGCUCGAGGACGAAGGUCGCUACAAGAUCGGGCCCCUUCUCAGCGCCUCAGUCGACCCCACUCGCUCCAGACACCAUCUCGAUCAAAUCAAUACCUUCGGAUCCAUCUCCCACUCUAACGAUCUGCGCUACUGGAGCAAAACUAAGGCUUUCUUCGCCAUCAACCCCGAUUCUAUCUUCGACAUACUCCAAAACGACCCCGCUUUUAUCGACGCUCUCGACUCUCGUUUCAUCCUCAUGAGAUGGAAGGAGACUAAUUUCGUGAACUGUGAACCCACACAAUCUGGGCUGUCGAUCCAGGGUUUCUACUACGUCUGUUUAGAGAAACAGACCGGUUUAGUCGAAGCCUAUUACUACGAUCCAGCUUCUCUUCCCUACCAAAAGCUUCAACUGAAACCUAUCGGGACCAACGGAUUUGGCUUUGGAUCGAUGAAACUUGUUUAA